GUGUUAUUUGAUGCGGGUGCAACUCAUUCGUUUGUAUCUACAUGUUUUGCUGGGAAAUUGGGUAGAGAACCAUCUGUUUUAAGUGAACCUCUAGCUGUGUCUACACCUAUGUCUGAAGGUGUAGUAGUGGACGUCGUCUAUCCUUCUUGUCCUGUGGUUAUUCAGGGUAGAGAAUUAUGUGCUGAUUUGAUUGUACUUGACGUUCUUUCUUUUGAUGUUAUCUUGGGGAUGGACUGGUUGUCACGCCAUUAUGCUUCUAUUGAUUGUCGAGGGAAGUCAGUCGAGUUCAGGAUUCCAGGUGAUCUACCUUUUUCCUUUCAGGGAGAAAAGGCAGAGACACCUAAGAAUCUGAUUUCCGCCAUCAAGGCGAAGCGGAUGUUAGGCAAGGGUUGCCAGGGUUUUCUUGCUGUGGUUCGUGAUUUGGAGACUAGUAGUGGUGAUAUGCAUAGUGUUCCGAUAGUGAAUGAGUUCACUGAUGUGUUUCCAGAGGAAUUGCCUGGAUUACCACCUGAUCGUGAUAUUGAGUUUUGCAUUGAUGUGGCUACUGUCAAGAACAGAUAUCCUCUUCCUCGCAUCGAUGAUCUGUUUGACCAGUUGCAGGGUGCGAAGUGUUUUUCCAAGAUUGAUUUGAGGUCUGGGUAUCAUCAGCUACGGAUCCGUGAUGCAGAUGUGCCUAAGACUGCUUUUCGGACUCGUUAUGGACAUUUUGAGUUUCUGGUUAUGUCCUUUGGUCUGACGAACGCACCAGCAGCGUUUAUGGAUAUGAUGAACAGAGUGUUCAAACCGUUUUUGGAUCAAUUUGUUAUCGUCUUCAUUGAUGACAUUUUGAUCUAUUCUCGGAAUUUCUCCAGAAUAUCUGCACCUUUGACUAAACUGACACAGAAGGGUGUCAAGUUUGAGUGGACUGACAAGUGCGAGGCGAGCUUUGAGAAGCUCAAGGAGAUUUUGACUACAGCUCCGGUGUUGGCAUUGCCUUCUGGCAUUGAUGGGUUCACAGUGUAUUGUGAUGCGUCUCGGAUUGGUUUGGGUUGCGUUCUGAUGCAACAUGGACAUGUGAUUGCCUAUGCUUCCAGACAGUUGAAGAAGCAUGAGGUGAAUUACCCUACUCAUGAUUUAGAGUUGGCAGCUAGUCUGAAAUAUAUCUUUGAUCAGAGAGAGUUGAACUUGAGACAGAGGAGGUGGUUAGAGUUGCUGAAAGACUACGACUGUACUAUUCAGUACCAUCCUGGUAAGGCUAAUGUGGUAGCCGAUGCGUUGAGUCGCAAGUCUUCGGGCAGCUUGGCUCAUAUUUCUGAGAUUGGGCGUAGACCCAUGGUUAGAGAGUGGCACAGUUUGAUAGCUUCGGGCUAUGGUUUGCAGAUUUCUCAGGCUGGUUGUUUGUUAGCACAGUUGCAAGUGCAACCUGUUUUGAUUGAUCGGAUCAAAGCUUUACAAGCUGAGGAUCCACAGUUGAAACGGAUUAUUGAGGAGAUUCAGCAGGACAGUAAUUCUGAGUUUACUUUUGUGGAUGGUGUGAAGCUGGAACAUCAGAGACCUUUUGGCUAUCUGCAGCCACUACCUAUUCCAGAGUGGAAGUGGGAGCGAAUUGCUAUGGAUUUUGUGGUUGGGUUACCACGUACUCGACAGGGAUACGAUUCCAUCUGGGUAAUAGUUGACCGUAUGACUAAGUCAGCUCAUUUCCUUCCGAUAAAGGUUUCGUAUACUGCUUCGAGGUUGGCUCAGUUGUACAUCGACAGGAUUGUCAGUUUGCAUGGUGUACCGGUUUCUAUUGUUUCAGACAGAGGUUCUGUGUUUACUUCGAGGUUUUGGAAGGCGUUACAGGAAUCCUUGGGUUCUCGGUUGGAUUUCAGUACAGCUUUUCAUCCUCAGACUGACGGUCAGUCUGAGAGGACUAUUCAGACGUUGGAGGAUAUGCUCAGGAUGUGUGUUCUCGAUUUUCAGGGUAGCUGGGAUACUCAUUUGCCGUUGAUUGAGUUUUCCUAUAACAACAGUUAUCAUGCGAGUAUCGAGAUGGCGCCGUAUGAGGCUUUGUACGGGCGCAAGUGUAGAUCUCCUAUCUGUUGGGAGGAGGUCGGAGAGCGUAAACUCUCGGGAGCGGAGAUUAUUCAGAUUACCUCUGAGAAGGUACCGUUGAUUAAGCGGAGGUUAGAGACUGCUUUUAGUCGGCAUAAGAGUUAUGCUGAUCCGAAGAGGAAAGACAUUGAGUUCCAGGUUGGUGAUUUCGUAUUUCUUCGGGUUUCGCCUAUGAAAGGCGUGGUUCGUUUUGGUGUCAAGGGAAAGUUGGCACCGAGGUAUAUUGGUCCUUAUGAGAUUUCGGAAAGGAUUGGAGCUGUGGCUUAUCGUCUGGUUCUACCGCCAGACAUGUCGUUAGUACAUCCGGUGUUUCACGUUUCUAUGUUGAGAAAGUGCAUUUCUGAUCCUUCACACGUGAUUGUGCCUCAGAGUGUUGAGAUUGACCAGGAGCUGUCCUAUGAGGAACAGCCAGUUGAGAUUGUUGAUACGCAGGUGCGUAAAUUGCGGAACAAGGAGAUUCCGAUGGUCAAAGUUCUCUGGCGCAAUCAUUCUGUAGAGGAGUGUACUUGGGAGACCGAGUUGGAUAUGCGGAAUCGCUAUCCUUUUCUUUUCAUCAUUGACGUUCGUAAUCGUCCAUUCAUCGGUACGUCAAUUAUUUUGAAUCAAUGUGUACUCUAUGUCCUUUGGGCGUCUGAUAUGAUUUUGUUAUGGUCUUAUUGCCGAACUGUUGCUGCCAUAUGUUGUUUCUGUAAUCUUUCAUUGUUUGGAUUGUUAAGGAUUUAUGAAAGUUUGGUUGUUUUGAAAGCUGGUUAUAAUGGUUUCUGUGUAAGGAAUUUAAUUGUUGUGAUUUGGGUUUGGUUAGACCUGGGUCGCCUGACAAUUGAGGUUACUCUGGCAGUUAUCGAGUUGAAUAAGAUUUGUGAUCGUCCUGGCCUAGCACAAGAUGAGGAAACCGGUAGAUAUCCAAAGGCUUUGUAUGCUUUGGACAAAGAAUUAAAAAAGAUUUUGCUCGAAUGGAUUCAAAAGUUAAAGUUUCCGGAUGGUUACGUGUCCAACUUGUCUAGGUGUGUUGAUUUAAACAGUUUGAAGAGGAUGGGCAUGAAAAGUCAUGAUUGUCAUGUCUUCAUGCAAAGACUUUUGCCAAUUGCUCUUCGGGAGCUUCUUCCGCUAGAAGUGUUGGAUCCUUUAACAGAGUUGAGUAUAUUCUUCAGAGAGUUAACUGCCACAUCGCUGAAAAAGGCAGAUCUUGAGAGAUUGGAGCUUGAUAUCCCGAAGAUACUGUGCAAGUUGGAACGUGUAUUUUCGCUGAUUUUUUUCCGAUUCGAUGGAACAUCUCCCCGUACACCUUCCUUACGAAGCUAUGAUGGCAGGACCUGUUCAAUAUCAUAUCUGAGAAAACUCAAAAAUAAGGUAACGAAUAAAGGCAGAGUGGAAGGAAGCAUCAGCAGCGGAUAUCUAUUAAAGGAAACAGCGAAAUUUGCAUUUUUCUAUUUCAAGGAUGGUGAUCUGAUGCUACCAUGUCGGAUGCAAAGAAAUGAAGUUUGUGAAAUGGACGUUGAUGAUGAUGUCGACAGAUUAUCUAUUUUCAAACCGAAAGGGCGAUCUGUAGGUGCUUGUCGUAACAGAUAUUUGGAUGAUGCUGAAUAUGUUGCUGCCCGAAGCUAUAUACUUCUGAAUUGCCCUGAAAUCGAACCUUACAGAGAAGUUUUUGAAGGCGAGUUGUAUGAAAUCAACCCCGAAAUCACACAGAACGAAGUUGUAUUCAAGUUGGAGAGUGAUUUCGCCAUUUGGUUUGAGCAAGAUGUGAAAGACCCAACUAUUUGUACCAAUCCCUAUAUUCUAAGUUUUGCAAAAGGACCGCUUAGAUCGGUCAAAACAUUCAAGGGUUACUGUAUGAACAGGUUUAAAUUCAAUACUGAAGAAUAUGGGGAGGAUCGGGUUACAAUGAAUAGCGGAGUCUGUGUAAAAGGAUCAGUUUACGGUCCGGCUGAAAGCGACUUUUAUGGAGUGUUGACUGACAUUAUAGAGUUAGAGUAUCCAUCUCUACCAAUAAAAAGGACGGUUUUAUUUAAAUGUAAUUGGUUUGAUCCUACGAAAAAGGUUGGUAUGUUAGUCCAUCCUCGGUAUAACAUAGUGGAUGUUAAUCGCAGAAAGAGGUACAACAAAUACGAACCUUUCAUUUUAGCUGAACAGUCUGAUCAAGUACAUUACUUACCUUAUCCUAGCAAAAAGCGGGACAAGAAAGAUUGGUGGGCAGUAUGCAAGAUAAAAGCUCGCUCUGACCUAGACAUGUCUGAAACAACUAUUCCAGCUUGCCAAGAUGAUAGUGCAGAACAUCCGCUUGAUGUCAUAACGAAUGACGAACCGACAAAUUUAGUUGAUCCAAAUGGCGAGGAGGACGAGGCUGCAUUACACAACCCUCUAGUAGUAGAGACAGAAGAUGAUUAUCCACCAUCCUCAUCAGACGAUGAUGACAUUGGAGCGGAAGAUGAUAUAGAAAUUGCAUAUAUGAGAGGUUCAGGUGGUUCUUCCGCCGGCCGAGGCCAGGGUAGGGAUACAGAGAAAGGUUACUGGAUAGCAGGAACGACAGCGGGACAACAUCUAGGGCGAUCUUGCCCAUUUUCCGAUCUAGCUGAUUUACUGAGGAAGGGUUUUUGCUGGGACUCGACCUACCCUGAGGAACUGAUUAGAGGGGUCUUCUACCGACAUGCGGCAUAUCGGUACAAAGAUACUCUCCACAACAUGAAGCCGGAUAAAAAAGAGGGCAGUGUUAGUGCUGAUACUUGGGCGUCAUAG